GAGAAGGAGAAGAAGAAGCCUCUGCGGCUGUUGGAUCUCCCUGUGGACAUACUUAAGGAUAUAAUCAAGGAAGUCACGCAUACGAACGAUCUCACCUCGCUCGCGCUCUGUCAUAGCGCUCUUCACCGCCUGACGACUCCCCAUAUCUAUUCUCGUUUCGAUAUUGUGUGGCCAGACAGCAGUACACAUGCGGAACCGCGAUCUGGCGUCGAUGCGCUCACCUAUGGCCUGGCCACGCUGGUCAUGGCAGAAGAGAUCUUCGGCGAAUCUCCCAGUCAGCGCCAGCACGUGGAGAACAAUCGUGUCACAUCUACGGGCAUUGGGAGAGCCACUGAUACGCAAGUGCGGAGAAGACGAGGUAAUCACUAUGCGCAGUUCACGCGGAAAUUUUCCUUGGGAAAUGGACCCGCCGACUGGGUGCAAGAGUAUUUAAUCAGCAAAGAGGGAGGGAAAAUGCUAGGGACUUUGGUCGCUCUGGCGGUGGCGCGCAUGCGAUCGCUCGAGACGUUCAUCUGGGAUAUGCCAACAGGUAUAUUGAGAGACGUGUGGAUCGCGCUCUCCUCCCUAGGCGACCGAGACGAUGGCAACUCCUGCAGGUUGGAGAAAGUCUGGGUCCGAUGGCAUAACAACUCAUCAGCAGACGACGCGAACCCGAUGCCUCCUCCGCCUCCGCCGAUCAACAUGCUCGCAGUGCCUGCGCCGCCCUUGCAAACUCCGAGCUCAAUCGCGGCACCUCCACAAAUCCACCCUGCCGCUCUUGACCGCGUGGAGCAUCCUUCAUUCUCGGUUCUACCUGCGCUGAAGAGCUUGAGCGUGCUAGAUAUCGACGAGUUGGCGUAUUUGGAUGAGAUGGCUGUGCUUGUGGGCAAGUCUUUGCACAAGCUGAAAGAGCUUCGGGUCGGAAUCGCAAGACAUGCUUUGACCAAAGACUGGGUGACUGUCUGGGAAGGCGAUUCAUUGCAGCAGGUAGAUCCAGACUAUCCAACAGCGGGCUCGCUCACAAUCGGCGAGAAGCGUCUCGGUGGCGUUUUGGGCAUCCUAACAGGCUUUGUGACGGAUAUGCGGAAGCCGAGAAUCGUGCUUCCGGAUCGAUCAAGACGCAGACGCGCAACAAGUCGGACCAGCCAGCCUGCAGAACUGCCAGCUGUUGAUGCUACUGUGAUUUCGACAAAUGACGCGACGAUCGAUGUCACGGACAUCACAAGCUUGCGAGACGUGAUAUCCGAAUUGCCCGGCAACGAGCCAGAAUCUCCGCUCGGGGCACUUCCCGAUGCUCCCACCGCGGAAAUGGCAAACACUGCUGAAGAAGUUGUCGCUGCAGACUUUCAGCAACCUGAUGGUACCCCACGUCUGGAGAAUGUAUUGCAGCUUGAGAGUCUCGAGCUCGAGCGGGUCCCAAUCUCCGUUCCAGUGCUGCAGAAAGGCAUCGACUGGACACGGCUGACGGCACUCACGCUGCUGAAUUGCCCGAAUCAUGAACAACUCUGGAAAACGCUGCGCCGGCAUUUUGCGCCCACGCCGAAAUCUCCUACCUACCCUCAUCCGAGACGGACAACGACAGCCUCUCCUAAGAAGGGAAGCAAGUCGAGCAUUCCAAGCGAUGCCGAACUGGAAUAUCGACUCAGACUUAGGAAGGUACAUACCAACACUGUGUCGCCAGCUCUGAUCUCUUUCCUCAAGGAGACUUUGGCACCCAACCAGUUGGAAGUCCUCUUUUUGCAGGAGGCAAGGACCCACUCAUCGUCGGUUGCCAUCGAAACGAUCUUCCGAGGACCACUUCGCAGACACCGCAACAGCCUCAAGAAGGUCUUGAUUGACAGCUCUGAGAAAGGACCGGAUGGAAUGCCAAAUGGCACGAGCAGAUGGCGGAAGUGGAUGUUGACUCGCGACAUACUUUCAUUCAUCUGCAGUGGCAAAAUGCCCGCUUUGCGAGAGCUGGGCAUGGCUAUCGAUUAUCGAGAUUGGCACUUCUUUCUUCAACACCUGCCCUCGAUACCACAUCUCAGAUCACUCUACUUGCCGUUCCUGGCUGAUCACGUGCAUGGUGCAACCUUGGACCCGCGGGAACUCGCGCUCCAGAUGGUCGACAUCGUUGCUCUUCGGCCCGAAGUUGAGCUCUGCUAUAUGGGAAUCGCCAACAAGUGCUUUGAGAUUCUCGAGAACAAGCGCGACACUGAGGGACGCAGCACAGAGUCUGCACUGGGCAUCCACCCCAGUGUUGUCAUCGAUCCCGACAUUGUUGGAAGCGACGAUGACGAGGAUGAGGAUGAAGAUCACGAUGGCGAAGCGGACAUGGGAAUGUCUGACGAGGAUGCUGAUGACGAGACGGAGAGUGACGAAGAUGACGUGGACGACGACACGAAUUCUGAAAUGUCCUCGGCGGAGAGCAGGAACACGGCUCGAUUGCGAUUGCGCGAAAUUUUAUUCUACGAUGAUAAGGUAGCCAUUUUCAAGGCGCGGCAUGGAAGACUGUAG